CAAUUACAUCCCUUCCACUACAACAAUUUCUCAAUACCAAAUAAAUACUACUCUAUACAUAUUAAAUGGCUUGCCCAAGCGAUUGGCCCGAGCCCAUAGUCCGGGUCCAAUCCCUAUCUGAGAGGUGCGGGGGCGUGGGCCGGAUCCCCGAGCGGUACAUGAAGCCCGUGGAGUCGAGGCCUUGGUUGACCGAAGGAGGCGAAGAGGCCAACAUUCCGGUGAUUGACCUCGCGGAAGAGGGGGAGAUUGGGGGCCGUGUGGCGGAGGCGUGCCGCGAGUGGGGUUUCUUGCAGGUGGUGAACCACGGGGUGUGCCCGGAGCUCAUGGAGGCCGCUCAGGAGGUGUGGCGCCAGUUCUUCCUGCAGCCCAUGGAGGUCAAGCAAGCCUACGCGAACUCCCCGGCCACCUACGAGGGCUAUGGCAGCCGCCUCGGGGUCGAGAAGGGCGCCAUUCUUGACUGGAGCGAUUACUACUUCCUUCACUACCUCCCUUGCAACUUGAGGGAUGUUAACAAGUGGCCUUCCCUCCCCAUUUCUCUAAGGGAGGUGAUGGAUGAGUACUCAAGGGAGAUUGUGAGGCUAGGUGGGGUUUUGCUAAAGAUGCUGUCGAUAAGCCUCGGAUUAAGACAAGAUUUUCUACAAAAUUCGUUUGGAGGAGAGGAUGUUGGGGCGUGUUUGCGGGUCAAUUACUACCCGAAAUGCCCGCAGCCGGAUCUGACCCUAGGAUUAUCCUCGCAUUCGGAUCCGGGUGGGAUGACGUUUCUGCUCCCAGAUCAGAAUGUCCCGGGGCUCCAAGUUCGAAGGGGCGACAAUUGGAUCACGGUCAAACCCGCCCGACACGCCUUCAUUGUUAACAUUGGUGACCAAAUUCAGGUGUUGAGCAAUGCUAUCUACAAAAGCGUUGAGCACAGAGUAAUUGUGAAUUCCGCGCAAGAGCGCAUUUCACUGGCCUAUUUCUAUAAUCCAAAGAGCGACUUACUCAUUAAACCGGCGAAGGAAUUGUUGGCACCGGACAGACCCGCACUGUACCCAGCCAUGACCUUCGAUGAGUAUAGGCUCUUCAUUAGGACCAAGGGCCCUAAGGGAAAAUCUCAAUUAGGAGAAUCUUAAAAUCUCCACAUAAAGUAGUAAUAGAAUUGCUUUAGCCGUGUCUUAACUACUCAUUUAUCUUUAGAUUAAUUUGGAUAUAAUCAAUAUAUUUGCUAUCGACUAUUAUCAAAUUUGAUUGUAUAGGAGUAUAUUGAAAUGAUAUACACUAAAGUGAAUACAUAAUACAGAAUUACAAUAUUAUUGUACUACGCGUGUUGAUUUCUGACUAAGUUGGUGAUUAACAA